AGCAAUGUCUUGUUGCUCCUUCACUGAUGUGCUUUAUACAAAAUAUGGAGAAGAAAUUUCAGAAGAAAUUGGUGGGCCUGGUUUUGAAAUUUUUCUCGUCGGGAGUUAUCCCGGUCGGGCCAGCCCAAGCGGUAGAUUAAUCCUGCCCAAAAUUUUAACACUUAAUGAUUGUAAUAUAGAUAGUGCAGGAUCAACUCAUGUUAUUGAAGAUCUUUGUAAAGAUGUUGAAGAACUUGACCUGGCACAGAAUGAGUUCACUGACACUUCAGAGAUUGAAAAAAUUAUUUCCCACAUGCCUAAGCUAUGGUUCCUAAAUCUCAGUCACAAUGACUUGUCAGAAGCUAAGCCAUUGGAGAUGGAAGCAGACCUUUGUAUCACCAGUCUUGUGUUAAACCAUACCUAUGCUCCCUGGCAUGUGGUCAACAGUUUUUUGAGAUGUUUACCAAAGCUUGAGGAGCUUUACUUAAGUCUUAAUGACUAUGCCAGUGUUGGAUUUGACCCAGACAAAGAUUAUCCAAGUGUCAAGCAGUUUCAUAUCAGUGGUAAUCCGAUUGACUCGUGGGAUCAUCUAAAACACAUAGCAACUUGCUUUCCCAACCUAGAAAAGCUUAUCAUGGCUGACUCUUCAUUAGAGUCUGUUCCUGACUCUUUUCAUUGGUCAGAUCACUUCAGGAAGCUACAUAGCAUUAACCUGAACAAUGGGCAGUUCAGAGAAUGGGAAGAUAUCGAUCGACUCAACAACUUUCCACAGCUAGACAGUUUCCGUUUACAGGGAUUGCCAGUACUUGAGGAAUUCACUGAGAAAGAAAGAAGACAACACCUGAUAGCUAGAUUGUCUUGUGCCAAGAGAUUAAACGGAAGCCCAAUUCCGGAGAAGGAAAGAGAAGAUGCAGAAAGAGCAUUCAUCCGUUUUUAUUUGGACAGAAAUGACAAGCCCAAAAGAUAUUACGAGCUGGUAGCUAAGCACGGAAAGCUGAACCCUUUAGUAAAUGUGAGUCUAGCUCCUAAGAAGAAGGUAAAAGUGAACAUUGUUUAUCAGGAACAUCGAGAAACUAUAGAAAUCCAUGUUGAGAAGACAGUAAAGGACUUGAAGUUUGAGAUUGGCCAGCUACUGAGCAUGUCGCCUUCGAAACUCAGGCUGUUCUACAUUGAUAAAGAAAUGUCACAUGCCUUUGGACCAGAGGAACUGAAGUUUAACAGCAAGAAACUGUAUUCUAUCCAAGUGCAAGAUGGGGACGAGUUUUUGGUUGAUCAGAAGUAGUUGUUUCGUACACAUAUUUAACUAGAGUCAGAAAUAUAGUAAAAUAUUAUGAAUUAGUAUACUUAGAUGUAACGUUUACAUUUUAAAAUUGUACAUAAAAUACACAGGGUUAAUUGAUGAUUUUUACAUACUUUAAACAGUGUAAGAAGGGUUGAAAAAUUUAGCUAAUCUUCUAUGUUUUUUUUUUUUGUCAGAAAACAACUCACUGAAAUAGUAAAAUUCUUUUAAUUUCCAGAAUUUGAGAAAUCAUAUAUAUUCUGGACAAAGUGAUACUUUCGAUAAACAGUAGUUAAUUAUAUUCAAAAUUGAUGUGUAUCCUAUUACUGUUUUGCUUGUAAGCAUUAAGAAAAAUGUCUCGUUUCAUGCCAACUGACAAUAAGAUUAACUGUAUGUGGGUAGUGACAUCUUCAAUGUUAAAUUAGAUGCAACAAGUGAUAUAUAUAUAGUAAAACAAAUAUAAAACAGAGGUUAGUGAAUUAUAUGAAAAUUCUUGAUGUGGUAAAUUGUGAUUGAAUGAUUUAAAUUGUAGAAGAGGUAAGUGAUACUUACUAAAAUGUGGCUCACUUCCCAUCAUUAUGUUCUGGUAAGCAAUGCUCUAAUAUGGCUUAAUAAUUUUACCUUUAAUAUAGUGUAGUAUGUUUCAGACAGACAAAAAUGCUGUUCACUAAACAUUGGCAUGAUACUCUGUAAUUUCAAUUUCCAAGUAAUUUUCAAUAAGUUAAUGCCAGAUAAUGGGUAAUUUUGUACUAAAAGUAUUAAGACUACAAUUUUGAAGCAACUUGGGACAGAAAAAAAAAAAGACAUGGUGGUUGGAAACAUUACAAGAAAAUGAAACCAGAAUGUUGGUGUGUUCGCAACAAAUAAGCAAAACAAAACUACCCCCAAAGUUUUAGGACACCGUGAACAAAUAAAAAAGAAAAAAAAACUAAAAAAUGAAGAUAAACUAAAACAAAUACAAGAAAAAAAACGGUCCUAACUUUAGUAGAAGCUCAAUCCCCUUUCUCAAAAACUACGGCUAUCCCUUUUAUGCGUUAGUUUAUGUAAAAACUUUUCUUAGUUUGUUGUACUUGUUCACAGUAUCUCAAAUCAUUUUGGCUAGUUUGUGUUUUGCUUAUUUGGCCUGUAAACAUCUUACUGACUCCUCUACUGGUAAUAACAGUAUCUAUGAAACAUAGAUGUUCUGCAUCAUGUGUUGGUAAUAAGGCACAACAGGAUAAAUUUCAUACUAGUAUUGAAGCUUACUUCUCAGGUGUGAGAACAUAACUAUGGCCUUUGUUUUUGAAUGAGCAGAUUGGGUUUUUUUUGGAUCUCGGUUAAAAGUUCAAACACUAAAUUUCAAGGUACAGUAGUCCCAGCUUAGUAGGUUAGAUAAAUAAGUAAGAAACAAUCUAACACUGGACUAAUAUCAGAUUUAAGGCUAGCACCAUAGCUUUAUGGCAAAAAAAAAAAAUUAAAU